CUGGCGGUCACUAGUUGAUAACAAACUGUACCGAUUGCUAUUAUCACCGGCUAGGAGGGGCGAGAGGAAGGUCGCUUUCCAACGUAAUCCAGUCCGUCGUCGUGAUCUUCGCACGUCGCGUUUACAGUGCCGGCAAGUACAGUGGCAAGUACAGUGGCAUGUCUCUCUGUCUUCUCGCCGCAAGAGCUUCAGCUGCAGUGUCGCAAGUAGGAUCACGUCUGCUGUCAUCCAUGGCUCAAGCUCUGCAAACCCACGAAGUCGUACCAGACGUGGUGGACAAGGUGCCUGCCGAUGUGCUGAAUGUUACCUAUCCCAACAAUCUUGUCGUUGAGAUUGGAAAGGUGCUCACUCCGACUCAGGUCAAGAAUCAGCCUGAGGUUCAGUGGAGUGGCGAAGCUGAUGUUUACUACACCUUGUGUAUGACUGAUCCUGACGCACCGAGCAGGAAAGAGCCCAAGUUCCGGGAAUGGCAUCACUGGUUGGUCGGUAACAUCCCUGAAUCCGAUGUGUCUAAGGGAGAGGUUCUUUCUCAGUAUGUCGGCUCCGGCCCUCCGCAAGGCACUGGUCUUCAUCGAUAUGUAUUCUUGUUGUACAAGCAACCAGGCAAGCUGACAUUCGACGAGAAACGUUUGACUAAUCGCAGCGGCGAGAACCGUGGGAAAUUCUCCAUUAAAAAUUUCGCUACUAAAUAUAAGCUCGGCGAUCCGAUUGCCGGUAACAUGUAUCAAGCAGAGUGGGACGAUUACGUGCCAACUCUUUACAAGCAGCUCGGGAGUUAAGGUUUAUAUGAUGUAUUUACAACAUAUAUAUAUAUAGUAUAUAGUGUAUACAUAUAUAUGUAUAUGUAUACACAUAAUGUACACCUAAUAUCUUGUUGAGUAAUAAAUGCAUUUCAAGCAUUCUUUUAUGCACUAUAA